UCUACACGUACUCAAAAUGUGACCCGUUCAAUGAGUGCUUAGCUUGCACUAGUUCCAUGAAGUUUCAUCGAAGCAACUAUUCUAUUUUUAAUUAUUUUUUGGUUGAACCUGAAAUUGACGACUCUGCCUCUUCUGCUAACUGUGGCAUAGCCGUGGACAUUUUCUUAUUCUUGGUUAAACUUAAAUCAGAUAAAUACUUCCAAUUUCGAGACUUUUCGUUCACACCCUUUUUCAUCUUCUUUUGUUUUUUCUUCAUGAAUUUUGUUGGUUUGGUCUAACAAAAUAGUUUUUCAUCAUGGGAAACGCUUGUGCAAAAGGAAAACCAGUUGCUCAUGUUUCUUCCUCCAAUUUCUCUGGAAGUAAGAAGCCUGCAAGUAAGCCAAAGCAGUAUUCAAAUUCUUCUGAACAACGAUCUGCUCCAACAACUUCAGAAUUAAAUGUUCCCAAAUCCAUCUCCAGUAACCUUAAGUCCUUCAGCUUGAAUGAUCUAAAAGAGGCAACUAAGAACUUCCGGCGAGAAAAUUUAAUCGGAGAGGGAGGAUUUGGGCGUGUCUUCAAAGGAUGGAUUGAUGAGAACACAUACGGUCCUACAAAACCAGGCACUGGAAUUGUAGUGGCCAUUAAAAAUCUUAAGCCAGAAAGCUUCCAAGGCCACAAGGAAUGGCUUCAAGAAGUGAAUUAUCUUGGGAUGCUUCAGCAUGAAAAUUUGGUGAAACUUAUUGGUUAUUGCUUGGAAGGUAAAAACCGGCUUCUGGUUUAUGAGUUCAUGCAAAAAGGAAGUUUGGAGAAUCAUUUAUUCAGAAAAGGUGUUCAACCUAUGGCCUGGGUUACAAGGGUCAACAUUGCAAUUGGUGUUGCAAGAGGAUUAGCAUUCUUACAUUCCCUGGAUCAAAAUGUUAUCUUUCGUGAUUUAAAGGCUUCCAAUAUCCUACUUGAUUCGGACUUCAAUGCAAAGCUUUCGGAUUUCGGCUUGGCAAGAGAUGGUCCUACUGGAGAUAAUACUCACGUUUCAACUAGAGUUAUAGGAACUCAAGGGUAUGCUGCACCAGAGUAUGUUGCUACAGGUCAUUUGACCCCAAGGAGUGAUGUAUACAGCUUUGGUGUAGUCUUGUUAGAAUUACUAACCGGAAGGCGUGCGGUGGAAGACGAUGGACCUGGAUUUUCGGAGGAGACCCUGGUGGAUUGGGCAAAGCCAUUCUUAAAUGAUAACAGAAGAGUUCUGAGAAUAAUGGAUACAAGAUUGGGGGGUCAAUACUCCAAGAAAGGAGCACAAGCUGCAGCUGCACUUGCAUUGCAAUGCCUUAACACUGACCCCAAAUUUAGACCACCUAUGGUGGAAGUUCUAGCAGCAUUGGAAGCACUUAAUUCCUCAAAUUCAUUUACGCGGACACCGAAACAUGAGAGUCAUUCAACCAAAAUAUCUGGUGGUCCUUCACAAAAGUAAAAUGGAAAUGCAAAGUAUAUCUGAGCUACUUGGCUUGUUCUCUUUCACUUUUUGGGUGAAUACUUUCUAUAUUCAUCCGUAAAGAAAAGAACAUAAGAAUACUAUGUUAUACCCACAAAUGAUUUGUCCUUUCAUUUCUUUGCAUAUGCGAAGAAUUGCCAUCUUUGCGGGUUAUUGAGUGUAGAGUAUACAUUGUGGUAGCAGCUAUAGAUUCUUAUUACAUUGUAUGAAAUUUUUUAGCUUUUAGGAUGGCUAUAUACAAAUUUGGAAAAAAAAAAUUAAAGUUAAUAAUGGAUAUGUUUAAGCGGGCAUUUUUUUCUUCUUCGUAAGAUGUCUGCUUUGGAUAUAUAGCUUUACGCUUCAAUGUUUGGACUAAUUGUAUUAUAUCAAUCUGUUGGAAUACUACUUGUUGCGUAUGGAAGAGUGGCAACUGGCAACUCAAAAUCACAACAUAACGAGGUUUUUGUA